GGCGAGAUAGCGGCGCGGGAGCGGCCCGACUGACUGCUUUGCACGGAUGAUGAACUUUUCCUUACGUUUGAGAAGACCAUCCUGGAUGGUGGAUAGUAAAAGAAUGGGGAUGACCACAGAUUUCCAGUGGCUCUUAUUAACAUGUAUUCUCCUAUACUUAAUGAACCAAGUAAAUAGCCAGAAAAGGGGGGCUCCUCGUGAUUUGAAGUGUAUAACUAACAAUUUGCAAGUGUGGGACUGUUCUUGGAAAGCACCCUCUGGAGCAGGCCAUGGUACUGUUUAUGAAGUUUGCAUCGAAAACAGGUCUCAUUCUUGUUAUCAAUCAGAGAAAACAAAUACUCAAAUCCCUGCUCUUUUACCUGGUGAUCAUGAAAUAACAAUAAACCGUCUGUAUGAUUUUGGAAAUCUUAUAAGUAAAUUCACACUAAAUGAAAAAAAUGUCUCCUUAAUUCCAGACACUCCAGAGAUCUUGAAUUUGUCUGCUGAUUUCUCAACUUCCACAUUACACCUAAAGUGGAAUGACAGAGGCUCUGUUUUUCCAUAUCAUUUAAAUGUCAUCUGGGAAAUUAAAAUUCUACGUAAAGAAAAUAUGGAAAUUGUAAAAUUAGUGACCCACAACACAACUGUGAAUGGGAAAGAUACAGUUCAUCACUGGAGUUGGACCUCAGACAUGCCCUUGGAGUGCGCCACUCAUUCUGUGGGAAUUAGAUGCUAUGUUGACGAUCCUCAUUUCUCUGGUCACACAGAGUGGAGUGACUGGAGCCCACUGAAGAAUGUUUCUUGGUCACCUGAUUCUCAGACUAAGGUUUUUCCUCAAGACAAAGUGAUACUUGUAGGCUCAGAUAUAACAUUUUGUUGUGUGACUCAAGAAAAAGUGUUAUCAGCACAGAUUGGCCAAACAAAUUGUCCCCUUAUCCAUCUUGAUGGGGAAAAUGUGGCAAUCAAGAUCCAUAAUAUUUCUGUUUCUGCAAAUAGCGGAACAAAUGUGGUUUUCACAACAGAAGAUAACAUAUUUGGGACAGUUAUUUUCGCAGGAUAUCCACCUGAUAUUCCUCAAAAACUGAACUGUGAGACCUGUGAUUUAAAAGAGAUUGUCUGUACUUGGAAUCCAGGAAGACCAACUGCAUUGGUGGGCCCACGCAAUACAAGUUACACUUUAUUUGAAAGUUUUUCAGGGAAAUAUGUUAGAUUUAAAAGAGUUGAAGCACCAACAAACGAAAGCUAUCAGUUAUUCUUUCAAAUGCGUCCAAAUCAAGAAAUAUAUAAUUUUACUUUGAAUGCUCGCAAUCCUCUGGGUCGAUCAGAAUCAACUAUUUUAGUUAACAUAACUGAAAAAGUCUAUCCUCGAAUUCCUACUUCAAUCAGAGUAAAGGAUAUUAAUUCAACCGCUGUUACACUUUCCUGGCAUUUACCAGGCAACUUUGGAAAGAUUAAACUUUUAUGUCAAAUUGAAAUUAACACAACUAACUCAGUCCAAGAAUUGCGGAAUGUCACAAUCAAAGGAGUAGAAAAUUCAAGUUAUCUUGUGGCUGUGGACAAGUUAAAUCCAUAUACUAUAUAUACUUUUCGGAUUCGCUGUUCUACUGAAACUUUCUGGAAAUGGAGCAAAUGGAGCAAUGAAAAAAAAUAUUUAACCACAGAAGCCAUUCCUUCAAAGGGGCCAGAUACGUGGAGAGAAUGGAGUUCUGAUGGAAAAAAUUUAAUAAUCUAUUGGAAGCCUUUACCCAUUAAUGAAGCGAAUGGGAAAAUACUUUCCUAUAAUGUAUCAUGUUCACUCGAUGAGGAGACACAGUCCCUUUCUGAGAUCCCUGAUCCUCAACACAAGGCAGAACUACAACUUGAUAAAAAUGACUACAUCAUCAGUGUGGUGGCAAAAAAUUCUGUUGGCUCGUCGCCACCUUCUAAAAUAGCUAGUAUGGAAAUUCCAAACGAUGAUCUCAAAGUGGAGCAGGCUGUCGGAAUGGGAAAUGGAAUUCUCCUCACUUGGAAUUACGAUCCCAAUAUGACCUGUGACUAUGUUAUUAAAUGGUGUAACUCAUCUCGGUCUGAACCCUGCCUUAUGGACUGGAAAAAAGUCCCUUCAAACAGCACUGAAGCUGUAAUAGAAUCUGAUCAGUUUCGACCAGGUGUAAGAUACAAUUUUUUUCUGUAUGGGUGUAGAAAUCAAGGAUAUCAGUUACUACGUUCUAUAAUUGGAUAUAUAGAAGAACUGGCUCCGAUUGUUGCGCCGAAUUUUACUGUUGAGGAUACAUCUGCAGAUUCCAUAUUAGUAAAAUGGGAAGAUAUUCCUGUGGAAGAGCUCAGAGGCUUUUUAAGAGGAUAUUUAUUUUAUUUUGAAAAAGGAGAGAGAGACACAUCUAAAAUAAGGGGUUUGGAAUCAGGUCGGUCCGACAUAAAGGUUAAGAAUAUUACUGACCUAUCCCAGAAGACACUGAGAAUUGCUGAUCUUCAGGGUAAAACAAGUUACCAUCUGGUCUUGCGAGCCUACACGGAUGGUGGCAUGGGCCCAGAGAAGAGCAUGUUUGUGGUGACGAAGGAAAACUCUGUGGGAUUAAUUAUUGCCAUUCUCAUACCAGUGGCAGUGGCUGUCAUUGUGGGAGUGGUGACGAGUAUCCUUUGCUACCGGAAACGAGAAUGGAUUAAAGAAACCUUCUACCCUGAUAUUCCAAAUCCAGAAAAUUGUAAAGCUCUACAGUUUCAAAAGAGUGUCUGUGAGGGAAACAGUCCUCUCAAAACAUUGGAAAUGAAUCCUUGUACCCCAAAUAAUGUUGAGGUUCUGGAAACUAGAUCAACAGUUCCGAAAAUAGAAGACACAGAAAUAAUGUCUCCGGUAGCUGAGCGGCCAGAAGAAAGCUCUGAUGCAGAACCCGAGAACCACGUGGUCGUGUCCUACUGCCCCCCUGUCAUUGAGGAAGAAACGCCGACCCCGGGCGCCGAUGAAGCCGGAGGGACCUCUCAGGUUGUUUACAUUGAUAUCCAGUCUAUGUACCAGCCCCAAGCGAAGCCAGAGGAAGACCAAGACAAUGACCCUGUCGGGGGGGCUGGCUAUAAGCCACAAAUGCACCUCCCCGUCCCUGCUGCUGUGGGAGACCUCGCGGCGGAGGACGACUUAGACAAAACUGCAGGUUACAGACCCCAGGCCAAUGUAAAUACUUGGAGCUUAGUAUCUCCAGACUCUCCCAGGUCCACAGACAGCAACAGUGAAACUGUCUCUUUUGGAAGUCCCUGCUCCAUUAACUCCCGACAAUUUUUGAUUCCUCCUAAAGAUGAGGACUCUCCGAAAUCGAAUGGGGGAGGGUGGUCCUUUACAAACUUUUUUCAGAACAAACCCAACGACUAACAGAGUCACCGUGUCACUUCAGUCUGCCAUCUCAGCAAGCUCUCCGUUCUGGCGUUCCCGGGCCAGCACUGGGCAUCUUGGAGGGAUCCUGUGAAGUAUUGUUAGCGAGGGGGACCUCACUGCGUGCAAGGCACACUCCAAGUGUUCCUGUGCACCUAAUGUAGUCUCACAGCCAAAGUCGAGUAACUCAGAAAUUCAGUCCAUGCCACUCAAGUCUUGGAGUGAUCCGUGACUGGAGCCAAAGAAUUCUCACAUGCUCUACCUUCAGGAAGCCCUUUGUGGCUAAUCCUGUCUGGUCCACACAUGCAAAACAAGUCCCCCAGCCGCGUGUUCUGUUCUGCUAGUGGUUUUCUCAUACGGAUGCUUUAUGGAAUCGCAAGCCGAUUUACAGGCACAGGAGAAAAAUGUCAGAGUAACAGAUGAUGGUUAUUUGCCUGACCCUUGCUCCAUUCUAGACGAAAACCAAGCACAGAUUUCAGAACUUUCAACAUUAGUCUCCUCUGUCCACAGCACUUACAAAAAAUUAAUAUAAUUUCUAACGUAGUGACAGCUAUUUAGUGUUUUGUUUGAUAAAGUAUGCUGAUUUCCGUGCCUACUGUAUAAUGGUUAUCAAACAGUUUUCUCAGGGGUACAAACUUUGAAAAUGAGCGUGACACUGACCAGCCCAAAUUAGAAUCAUGUUGUCUUGCUUUGG